GAGCUGAGCAAUGUCCCCGUCCCUGUCAUGCUAAUGCCAGAUGACUUCAAAGCAUACAGCAAGAUCAAGGUGGACAAUCAUCUCUUCAAUAAGGAGAACCUUCCCAGCCGUUUUAAGUUUAAGGAGUACUGCCCCAUGGUGUUCCGGAAUCUCCGGGAGAGGUUUGGGAUUGAUGAUCAGGAUUACCAGAAUUCGGUGACGCGCAGCGCCCCUAUCAACAGUGACAGCCAGGGCCGAUGUGGCACACGUUUCCUCACCACCUACGACCGGCGCUUUGUCAUCAAGACUGUGUCAAGUGAGGAUGUGGCUGAGAUGCACAACAUCUUAAAGAAAUACCACCAGUUCAUUGUGGAGUGUCACGGCAACACCCUUUUGCCGCAGUUCCUGGGCAUGUACCGCUUGACCGUGGAUGGCGUGGAGACCUACAUGGUGGUCACCAGGAACGUGUUCAGCCAUCGGCUCACUGUGCACCGCAAGUAUGACCUCAAGGGCUCCACUGUUGCCAGAGAAGCGAGCGACAAGGAGAAGGCCAAGGACUUGCCGACAUUCAAAGACAACGACUUCCUCAAUGAGGGGCAGAAGCUGCAUGUGGGAGAGGAGAGUAAAAAGAACUUCCUGGAAAAACUGAAACGGGACGUGGAGUUCCUGGCCCAGCUGAAGAUCAUGGACUACAGCCUGCUGGUGGGCAUCCACGACGUGGACCGGGCGGAGCAGGAGGAGAUGGAGGUGGAGGAGCGGGCAGAGGACGAGGAGUGCGAGAAUGACGGGCUGGGUGGCAACCUGCUGUGCUCCUACGGCACGCCUCCGGACAGCCCCGGCAACCUCCUCAGCUUCCCCCGCUUCUUUGGUCCUGGGGAGUUCGACCCCUCUGUUGACGUCUAUGCCAUGAAAAGCCAUGAAAGUGCCCCCAAGAAAGAGGUCUAUUUCAUGGCCAUCAUCGACAUCCUCACGCCAUAUGAUGCUAAGAAGAAAGCCGCGCACGCUGCCAAAACAGUGAAGCACGGGGCGGGGGCCGAGAUCUCGACUGUGAACCCUGAGCAGUACUCCAAACGCUUCAACGAGUUCAUGUCCAACAUCCUGACGUAG